AUGGGCGACGUGGGCCAUCUCCCGCAGGGGGGAGGCGAAACCCUCGUCGUCGCUCGUUCCGCCGCUCUCCCCGCGCCUGGGCCUCUCAUCCGCGCGUCGCCGCCUCCCCCGUCCCCCUCGACCCUCUUCCGCCUCUUUUCCUCCUGCCUCGCCUGCGCGCCCUGGCUUUCCGACGCCAUCUCCGCGACCGGCGGGGGGAAACUCUCCGCCGGCAGAAAUGGUAACAAGCUGACGUGGAGGGAUCCAAUCGAUGACAUGGCACAUUCGGAGGAGGGAGGAGCUUCGCGCGUUGAAGCAGAAAUGUCGGAGCGGGGUAAGAACGGGAUCAUCAGCAAGCCCAUGAGUCAUCAAGGUGGUGGCGGCGGCGGCGGCGGCGGCGGCGGCAGCGCCGGCGGCUCGCCCAGUGACGCCGUCGCGGCGGCUGGGAUAUCACGCGGGUGGUCGAACGACGACGUGUCGGCACUCCCGAUGGACAUGCAGCCCCGCGGUGGUGGCGGUAUUGCGGCGAGCAAGGGAACGAACGGCGUGGUGGCGGGCGCGCUGAUGAAGUCGCCGUCGGACCAGGCGCAGUGGCGAGCCGGCAGCUUGAGACACCUCUUCUCUCUUGUGACGCCCGGCAUGCUGGAGGAUUCGGAGCUGCCGCCAGGGCGGCGCGCGAUAGUGGACCACUCCAUGCGCGUGCUGCGGGAGAACGACCUGGGCGGCUACACCAUCCCCACGCAAGGCCUUUACCCCUUCCAGUGGAACUGGGACAGUGCCAUCGUGGCAGCAGGCUGGGCAGUUUUCGACGAGCCGCGUGCGUGGCAAGAGAUUGAGAUGCUAAUGUCGGGGCAGUGGAGCGACGGCAUGGUGCCAUCCAUCCUCUUCCACCGCCCCACGGACUCCUACUUCCCGGGGCCCGAGAUAUGGGGCAGCAAGGAGCGCCCCAGCCCCUCCACGGGCAUCACCCAGCCGCCAGUGGCGACGCUCUCUGUGCGGUUCUUGUAUGAGCAUGCGGUGGAUAAGGAACUCGCGAGGGAGAAGAUGGAGCUGCUGUUUCCGAAGCUUCUGGCAUGGCACCGCUGGUGGUACAAGGCGCGCGACCCCCUAGGCACGGGCGUGGUGGCCAUCCUGCACCCGUGGGAGAGUGGAAUGGACAACAGCCCUGCGUGGGAUGAGGCGAUGCAGUUCCCCAUCAUUGACCUGCCACCCUACCAGCGCCGCGACCUCACACACGUUGAUGCCGCCAUGCGCCCUGACAAGGCUACAUAUGACCGCUACCUCACACUCCUCUACACCUUCAAGAACACCAACUUCUACGACUCGUCACAGCUGUACCACAUCUCGCCCUUCCGCGUCACGGACCUGUGCGUCAACUCCAUUCUGCUGCGCGCCAAUCGCGACCUGCGCUGGCUCGCACUCAAGCUCGGCCACGAGGACGUGGCUGCGGAGAUCGAGAGCUGGCUCGACGCGGGGUUCCGCGGGUUCGAGACGCUGUGGGAUGAACACGAUGGGAUCUUCAAGUGCAAGGACCAGCUCACGGGGAAGCUGCUGGAUGCCAAGACCUCUGCGGGUUUCCUCCCGCUCUUCGCAGGAGCGGCCACAAAGAAGCAAGCGGCGCGGCUGGCAGUGACCCUGAAGCGGUGGCAGGAGCAGGUGCCCUACGGUGUGCCCAGCACCGACCCCUCGGACCCGCGCUUUGAGGCGCUGCGCUACUGGCGCGGACCCGUGUGGCUCAUCAUUAACUGGAUGGUUUCAAACGGACUCAAGCACUAUGGGCUGUCAGAGCUAGCCGAGAAGGUGCGCAACAGUUCUCUGCACCUCACAUCGCAAGCAGGGCUGCACGAAUACUUUGACCCACUGAGCGGAGCAGGGGCGGGUGGAGCAAACUUCUCCUGGACGGCAGCCAUGUGCCUCGCAUGGCUGGACCGCCCUGCUGCUUCGGCUAUUGGCCACCGCAUGAGUGGGCCGAAGCGGCCCUCUGAUAUGGCAUUAAAUGCCAUGGACACCUCCUCCGUCUUCUUCUCGUGCAAGGACGACGCGUCGCACAUCGCCCUGCCGCAAGUCCACAGCAUUCUCACCAAAGUCGAAUUCUCUGGCUCCGAGCCAUGGCAGCCAGUGACACAGCUGGGUCACGAGCAGUGCAAGCAGUGCGGCAUAUACCAGCGCCACUUCUUCCUCUACACCUCCACCGUUGCCGAAUUCCCGCUCUGCCCCGCCAACUUCUCGCUGCCCGCCGAGCAACAACCCACGGCCACGGGGCCACAUCGGCGCAACCCCACUGCAGCCAUGUCAGGCGGUGUAGCGGUUAUCGACAUACCAGGGGUGCUCUACGUGUCACUGGCGUGUGAUACGUGUGUGGCUCCCCCGCCCCCUCCUGCUCCACGCGUAACCGAGUUUGAACCAGCAGUCACCGACGUCACGGGCACAUGGGUGACAACCGUCAUUCUCUCCUUCGCCUUCCUGGUCGCCGUCGCCAUGUGCUGUGUCAUCGCACUCAUUCUGCGCCACCAGCACCGCCACAGACGGCAGCACGACGAGAUGGAGAAAUCCCGCUUCUUGGAUCUGCAUGGCGAUAGCAGCAGCAGCGGCAUCCAUGAUCACAGCCAGAAUGCACCGUAUUUGGACAACGAUCCUGAACAUGGGGAUGAGAGUGGUGCAGGUGAAGGAAUGGGAGGGGAAGGUUCGGGAGAGAGUGCUGCAACAGCAGCUUUUGCUCCUGGGACCAGUAUUGAUGACGGGUACAGAGACGAUGAUUUUUAUUUAGGUAAUGGUCAUACUACAGCUGCACUUCACUACCGCGGUGCUGCAUCUGACAAGUCAGAAGAGCAGAGAGUGCCCAUGAUAUAA